GGUUAAAUUCUUGACGAUAGUAAGGUUCCAGCUCAGUCGCAGUUGAGAUGGACUCGUCUAUGUACCUGUAUGAUGUUCCCCCAGUUUUGAUGGAGAAGUUUUGUAAGAUAAUCGACAGCGGUGAUGACAGCCUCGGAUGGCGCGGGCUCGCGGCGCGUAUCGUGCCAAGUUGGACGGAGGUGCGACGCACGGAGAGGCUGGAGGCAAUAGGCAAGAGCCCCACGCGAGAACUCAUCUGGUCGUGGGCGCAACAGAACAAAACUGUUGGGGACCUUGUGAAGGUGUUGGAGGAUAUGGGUCACUACAGAGCUCUACAGUUCUUUAUUCCUCAAGAAACACAGCAUUCCUUCCCCAACAGUGGACCAUCAAAGAGCAGCAGGGAUAAUCCCUCCCCUCCUCAGUUACCCGCGCCACCCCCACCUGCCAGCGAGUCGACCCAACCUGGUUGGAACCAGUCUAAUUAUCAUGUGUCAAGUGAAGGUAGAAACCACAGGCUUGUGAUCACCUACUCAGACGUCAUAGAGGGAACUAGACAUUUUCACCAGGACAUGAAGAUCUCUGAGGGCAGCUUCUCUGCUGUCUACAGAGCGGUAAAGGGAAAUGAAACCUUCGCUGUCAAGCUCUUCAAGCAGGUGCAGAAAGCCUCAUGGAGGAAGUUGUGGGAUCUAUUCAGGAGAGAGAUGGAAGUUCAUCAUCUCUACCAGCAUCCUAACAUCUUAGAGCUGUUGGGUUGUUACUCUGAUGGGGAUCGUUACUGGCUGGUAUACCCUUACCUUCCCAAUGGAUCUCUGUUCCACAGACUGCAUGACCAGAACGUAGUGCCUCCUCUCUCAUGGCAGGAGCGUCUGGACAUCAUCAAGGGGACGGCUAAGGCUGUACAUCACCUACACAUGGCUCAGCCCUGCACUGUGGUCUGUGGGAACAUCACAAGUUCUAACAUCCUGCUGGACGAGCGGCUGCACCCCAAGCUGUCUGAUUUUGGGACGGCCCGUCUCAGACCCCACUCCGUCAGUCAGAGCUGCACCGUUACCUUGGAUACGACCUUCGGAACCCUGGGCUACCUGCCGGAGGAAUACAUACGAGACGGAAAGCUGUCCGUCAGUCUGGACGUGUUCAGCUUGGGAGUGGUUAUAAUGGAAAUGAUAACGGGACGGAAAGCUAGAGAGGAGACUCCUAAACACACCCUGCUGAGAAACGUCCUACGUGGAGAGUUGGAGGACACUGGCAGUGUAGACUCCUGUCUUCAGUAUCUGGACCCGAGAGCUGGUCUUUGUCCCCACUCUAUGUCCUUUACCUUGUUGCGUCUAGCCCUGGACUGCACCUCUACACGACCACGCAACAGACCCACCAUGGAGAAUGUGUUACAGGUAUUGAGCCAGCUGCUUCCCCUGCCGUGCCCACCUGAAGACCAGCCCCACACGCUGACCGACGAGGCCCCAGCUCCCCCUGCCUCUCCUGCCCAGACGGGACAGGGCCCCAGCUCCAACCCCAGCCCCAGUGUGCCUGUGGAGGAUGAUGAGCUGCACAGUUACCCCGUUGAGAACCCACAGCCAGCUCCAGCUCAGGGAGGGCCCUGUGAGUGUAGCCAGUCAGAGGUCACUUAUCUGGGCAGUGGGGAGCGGAGCAGCCACCUGUCACAGGAGGGGGCUGGGGAAAGAGCAGGGCUAGGGGCUGAUGAGGCUGACCAGAGCCUACAGACCAAUGGAGAGCCAGUGGAUCUUUACGGUAGCUGGCCAGUCCAAUGUAGCUGUUCAGCUGAGGUGAAUGGACUGGGCUGUGAGGACUGUAGAGCCAAUGGGUUUACUCCCUGCCCCUCAGACCUCCCUCAAGGUGACCUCAGCUUCUCUUCCCUCAGUAUAGUGGACAACCCUGCCAAGCAGAGAAUGAUGAAUAAGAUUGAUCUGUACAACAGAGGCCUCCUCAGAACAGAGGAACUCCUCUCUGUCUCCAUGACCACCCAGGAGUGACAAAGCUACAGAGGAACUCCUCUCUGUCUCCAUGACCACCCAGGAGUGACAAAGCUACAGAGGAACAACUCUCUGUCUCCAUGACCACCCAGGAGUGACAAAGCUACAGAGGAACUCCUCUCUGUCUCCAUGACCACCCAGGAGUGACAAAGCUACAGAGGAACAACUCUCUGUCUCCAUGACCACCCAGGAGUGACAAAGCUACAGAGGAACAACUCUCUGUCUCCAUGACCACCCAGGACUGACAAAGCUACAGAGGAACAACUCUCUGUCUCCAUGACCACCCAGGACUGACAAAGCUACAGAGGAACAACUCUCUGUCUCCAUGACCACCCAGGAGUGACAAAGCUACAGAGGAACAACUCUCUGUCUCCAUGACCACCCAGGACUGACAAAGCUACAGAGGAACAACUCUCUGUCUCCAUGACCACCCAGGAGUGACAAAGCUACAGAGGAACAACUCUCUGUCUCCAUGACCACCCAGGACUGACAAAGCUACAGAGGAACAACUCUCUGUCUCCAUGACCACCCAUGAGUGACAAAGCUGAUCUAGGAUCUGCUUGCCCUCCCCGAAUCCUAAUCUUAACCAUUAGAGGUUAAAAACACAAAACAGACCCCAGACCAGCAUCUAGGGCAACUUCACUACUCUAAAUGACACAUGCAUACAGUACAUAGCCUGCUGAGAGAGAGGGUUAACUUAUCCAUAUAUCUGACUUAGUCAUUGCUGGGCCUGGUUAAAUGACCUGGUCCUGGUUAAAUUACCUGGCUCUGGUUAAAUGAUCUGGUCCUGGUUAAAUGACCUGGUCCUGGUUAAAUGACCUGGUCCUGGUUAAAUGACCUGGUCCUGGUUAAAUGACCUGGCCCUGGUUAAAUGACCUGGUCCUGGUUAAAUGACCUGGUCCUGGUUAAAUGAUCUGGCUCUGGUUAAAUGACCUGGUCCUGGUUAAAUGACCUGGUCCUGGUUAAAUGACCUGGCUCUGGUUAAAUGACCUGGUCCUGGUUAAAUGACCUGGCCCUGGUUAAAUGAUCUGGCCCUGGUCCUGGUUAAAUGACCUGGUCCUGGUUAAAUGACCUGGCCCUGGUUAAAUGAUCUGGCACUGGUUAAAUGACCUGGCCCUGGUUAAAUGACCUGGUCCUGGUUAAAUGACCUGGCCCUGGUUAAAUGACCUGGUCCUGGCUCUGGUUAAAUAACCUGGCUCUGGUUAAAUGACCUGGCCCUGGUUAAAUGACCUGGUCCUGGCUCUGGUUAAAUAACCUGGCUCUGGUUAAAUGACCUGGCCCUGGUUAAAUGAUCUGGUCCUGGAUAAAUGACCUGGUCCUGGUUAAAUGACCUGGCUCUGGUUAAAUGACCUGGUCCUGGUUAAAUGGCCUGGCUCUGGUUAAAUGACCUGGCCCUGGUUAAAUGACCUGGCCCUGGUUAAAUGACCUGGCCCUGGUUAAAUGACCUGGCCCUGGUUAAAUGACCUGGUCCUGGCUCUGGUUAAAUAACCUGGCUCUGGUUAAAUGACCUGGCCCUGGUUAAAUGAUCUGGUCCUGGUUAAAUGACCUGGUCCUGGUUAAAUGACCAGGCUCUGGUUAAAUGAUCUGGCCCUGGUUAAAUGACCUGGCCCUGGCCACUCAGCCACAGGAUACUGUAGAUGGUUUCAAAUCUCCCUUUCUCUAAAUGACUGUAUGGAUCUGGGCUGGUUUCCCAAAAAGCAUCGUAGCACUAUGAUCACCUUUCGUCCAUUUAGUUUCAAUGGAAUUAAAGUCAGUGCUACGAUGCUUUUAGGAAAUCCAGCCCUGGUAUGUGACGAGACGUGAUGUUCAUAUGGUUCACAUGUCCUUCGUUGUCAGUAAAUUAUGCUAAAAAAUAUAUUCUUGUAGAAAGGUAUUUAUUAUCUGCUGACAGAUUCCAUUUUAUAUUUCUUAUUUAUAAAAUUAGGAUAUGAUUUAUACAGUAGUCUUUAUAAAACAUUUUAUAAAGAUCAUUUAAAAUGAUGGGGCGGCAGCGUAGCCUAGUGGUUAGAGCAUUGGACUAGUAACCGGAAGGUUGCGAGUUCAAACCCCCGAGCUGACAAGGUACAAAUCUGUCGUUCUGCCCCUAAACAGGCAGUUAACCCACUGUUCCUAGGCCGUCAUUGAAAAUAAGAAUGUGUUCUUAACUGACUUGCCUGGUUAAAUAAAGGUAAAAAAAAAAAAAGGGGUUCAUGCAAAAAUGUUAGCGUGUAGAAACAGUGGGAAACUAAACCAAAGCAUGAAGUGCUGCCAUACCUUGUCCAUAGGCCGCUGACAGGGUAAGGAAACCAAUGUGUCAUUUUGUCAUUUGGGUCAACUAUCCCUUUACUUAUGUUUUGUAAGAUGACUUUACAUUUUUUCAUGCCUUUUAUUAAUUAAUAAAAUAAGAUUGACAAUG